ACUGUCCCGGGCCUAUCAGCGACCAGUCGCGUUGUCUCACCAUCGAACCGCUAUUUUAAAUGUUUUUUUUAAAAAAUUGCCUCACAUAUUUGUUUAGUGAGAAAUUGAAAGUGUCUUAGUAACCUUGGAGCGCGCGAUACUUACGAUUCAUUUCAUUGAUAGUUGCGGUGAUUUUCUGUUGAUAGGGAGUCGUAUAGUGUUCCUGGUGCUUAAAUGGUUUGAGGCUGUUCAUUCAAUAAAUAUGCCUUUAUACCUUGACCAUGGUCUUGUAAAUGGUGAAAUUGUCAAGUUGAACGAAGAAAAAAAGGUCAAAUACGAAGAAAAGCGUCUGCCUUUCCCAUAUGAAAUAAAACCAGUAGAGCCAGAACUGAACAAAAAAAUCUUAGGAGACUUUUCAGGUGAACGCACUGGAUUCGUUCAAGUUGGACCCAAAAACUACUUUUUCCCCAGCGGCUACGAAAAAGAAGCUGAAAACUUUUACAAUUUCGAACUCAGACCGGACGAUGUCUUCGUGGCCACAUUUCCACGCUCCGGCACCACUUGGACCCAGGACAUGGUCUGGCUCCUUUGUAACAACCUGGACUACGACAAGGCGGCCAAAAUCCCCCUGACCGAACGAUUUCCCUUCUUGGAGUUUAGCUGUUUUGUUCACAAGGACACCAAAGCGGAAUUCCUGCAGGAGAACGAGGCGGAUCCCGAAAAGUACAAAAUUGUACAGGAAAUCGAUUAUCCAGGGUGGAAAACUCUCGCGAAAACCGACGGGCAAAGGUUUAUCAAGACCCAUUUGCCUUUUAGUUUAUUGCCGCCGAAUUUAACACGAAAUGGUUGUAAGGUUAUUUAUGUGGCAAGGAACCCCAAGGACGUAGCGGUGUCCUUCUACCAUUUAAACAGGACCAUGAGGACCCAAGGCUAUACGGGGGAUUUUGAAAAAUAUUGGGAUUAUUUUCAAAAUAAUUUACAGCCGUGGACUCCGUAUUGGGAGCACAUCAAGGAAGGUUGGAACAUGCGACACGAAAAGAACGUUUUAUUUAUUUUUUAUGAAAACAUGAAUAAGAACCUUAGGAGGCAUGUGGAAAAAGUGGCAAAUUUCCUAGGGAAAUCUUACACUAGUGAGGAGUUAGACCAGCUGGAAAAUCAUCUUAAAUUUGAAAAUUUCAGAAAUAACAAGUCGGUUAAUUACGAUAUUAUGGAGAGCAUUGGGGUGUAUAGGAAAGUGAACCAGGCAGGGUACGUCAGAAGUGGCAAAAAUGGAGGAUGGAGGGAUUAUUUUAGUCAGGAAAUGGAGAAACGGGCUGACCAAUGGAUCGAGGAAAAUCUUCGAGAUACUGACUUAAGAUUUCCUUUAUAACUUAUUCGAUUAUAAAGGGUUAGGACCGAUACAGGGUGUUUACAUAACUUCAAAUAGAACCAGCAUUUUUUAUAAUUUUUUAAUAAAGAAUAUAAUAAUACGUAGUUGUUAAUAGUUUCAAAUGAUGCUAAAGUCUAUCCUCCUGCGUACUAUAAGGUUAUAUUUUUGUAUUAAAUAAUAAAAACAAAAAGUUUUUCUGA